CUGAGAGCUGAAGGACGAACAGAUGAUCGUGUAUGUGCGGUAUAACCUGGGGGCCCGGUGUGGCCGUGGAGCUGCAGGAGGAGUCGAGCGUAGCCGAGCUGAAGGAGGUGGUGGGGAGUCAGCAGGGGGUCCGACCGGAGCAGCUCAGGGUUCUGUUCGCUGGGAGGGAGCUACGGAGCACCGCCACGCUGCAGGGUUGUGACCUCCCAGAGCAGAGUACCGUGCAUGUGGUCCUCCCUCCAUCAGGUUCCUCCUCCUGCCAGCUGCUCCUCCUGCAGGAGCGCCUGGAGGAGGAGCAGGACAGUCUGACCAGGCUGGACCUCAGCUCCUCGCGCCUCCCCUCCACCGCCUCCGGCCUGGCAGUGAUCCUGGAGGGGAACAGUGGAGGAGGAGCAGAGGAAGAGACGGAGGAGGUGACAGAGGAGGUGACGGAGGAGGUGUUGGAGGAGGCGCGUACAGGACGUCCCUGCAGCACUUUCUUUGUGUUCUGUAAGAACUGUCGGUCGGUUCAGCCGGGAAAACUGAGAGUCCGCUGCAGGAGAUGCAAACAGACGACACUCACACUCAGCAGGGGUCCGUCCUGUUGGGAUGAUGUUCUCCUCCCCGGUCGUAUCCAUGGCAUCUGUCAGUCAGAAGGUUGUCACGGCAACCAAGCGGAGUUUUAUAUGAAGUGUGCGUCCCAUCCAACCUCAGAGGACGACCUCUCUGUGGCCCUCGACCUCAUCUUGACCAACAUCAGAGACGUCCCCUGCAUCGCCUGCACUGACGUCAUGGACGUGGUCCUGGUCUUCCAGUGUCUGGAGCGUCAUGUGAUUUGUCUCGACUGUUUCCGUCGUUACUCUCAGACCCGACUGGACGAGAGACAGUUCGUUUACCAUCCUGUGAUUGGCUACUCACUGCCGUGUGCAGCUGGCUGCACAGACUCUCUCAUUAAAGAGUUGCAUCAUUUCCACAUUUUAGGAGACGACCAGUAUGGGCGGUACCUGCAGUUCGGGGCGGAGCAGUGCCUGUUGGGGAUUGGAGGAGUGAUGUGUCCGUCACCCGGCUGUGGGGCGGGGCUUCUGCCCCCUGACGGCAGCAGCAGGGUGGAGUGUGACAGACAGCUGGGCUGCGGCUUGGUCUUCUGCAGGGCGUGCAGGGAGGAGUACCAUGACGGAGCCUGUCGCACCGCACUGACUCCGCCCACAGGUGGAGCAUCACAGGGUUUUGUGGUGGAGGAGGAGGCGUCCCUCAGAGGGAGGUGGGAUCGAGCCUCUCAGCUUCUCAUUGAGGAGUCGACUAAACGCUGUCCUGAGUGUUCAGUUCCUGUGGAGAAAAACGGCGGCUGUAUGCACAUGCAGUGUCCUCUGUGUAAGGCAGAGUGGUGCUGGCUCUGCAGAGUUCCCUGGAACAGAGAGUGUAUGGGAGACCACUGGUUCGCCUGAAGAUACACACACACACACACACACACACACACACACACACACGCUGGAUGAAGACUUCAGAUCUGAACUGUCAAUAAAGACAAAAAUGCACAAAAUAAAUGUAUUUAUAAUAAAAAAUAAAAAAAAGA